AUGUGGAGAUCAACCGUUCCUAAACUGAAACUUACAAACACAUGUCUCCUCAAGAGAAGUAUACCGCUUCAAGCAAGAUUCAUUGCAUCCACAUCUACGAUACCAACAAAUGAUAUCUCUAUUGAUAAACCACCCAUUGAAAAGAUAAGGAAUCAACCAGUAGAUGCACCCAUAGUGCCGAUUAAUAUCAAGGCAGUAUACCAUGCGCCAUUAAGGAAUCCAAUAAAAUACGGUGAUUUAGUCGCUGAGAUCCAAUUACGAUCCUAUGAUAAUGAAAAUCUCGAUUUUUAUUCGGAUUUCGCACUAAGGGUAGGUUUCUAUUUGGGGAUACCAUUGACGGGACCCAAACCAUUACCUACGAGAAGAGAACGUUGGACUGUCAUUAAAUCUCCCUUUGUUCAUGCCAAAUCAAAGGAAAAUUUUGAAAGACAUACUCAUAAGAGAAUAAUUAAAGUUUGGGAUACUAAUUCUGAAUUGAUUGAAAUGUGGAUCUCGUAUAUUACAAAACAUGCCAUGGCUGGGGUAGGUAUGAAAUGUACCGUGUUUCAAAGAUCACCAAUUGCAUCAAAGGAAGAUGCAACAAAUGGUGUAUCUUCUUCUGAUUCAUCCUCUGUUUUAAAAUCAAUCGUUAACCAGAAGGAUGAUGUUAAAUUAACGGAUAAUGACUUGGUUAAUGAGAAAAUUGUGGAAUUAUUGGGUAGAGAAGAAUUUAAGAAAUACAUAUAA